AUGCCCACCGUACCGCCCCCCGUCCACUGUGGAGGGCUACUUGGGCGUGCCCGUGUAGCUUCCUCCGUCGCCCCCUUCUUUGCAGGACAGAAUUACAAGGAGGGGCUGCCGUCACGGAGUCCGUCGGUGGCCGGAACAGCUGACGCCAUGCCGGUCAGCGAGGGCCCCCGGGUAGGGUCAUGGGACGGGCGCAGCCAGGGCGCGCCGCCGUCCUCUCCUACCCGUCCUCCUAAUUUAUUAGUACCUGCAUACCUUAUAGCUAAUAGCCAUAAUGUAUGGGAGAAUCGAUUUGAUGCGCGCGCCGUUUUGCCAGUCGUUAUCGUUGGCCAGCCCAUCGCAAAUAUCGUCAGCUGGCUUGAAAAUAAGCAGGCCAAUAUGCCGGGCGCCAGGCAUAAGAUCUUGGGGCAUGUGCUCUCAGGGUUCUGCCACAAGAUGAAUCGGCGCAAACCUAUACACGGCGAUGCAUUGGACACUCCACUCAAUCGGUGUCUUACUACCAUUGAUAUUACUUUAUUGGGUGUUGGACACAUGGUCGGGGCCGGAAUUUACGUCCUCACUGGCACAGUGGCCCGGCACAUGGCUGGUCCAGCUACAGCCUUGAGCUUCCUACUCGCCGGAGUCACGUCCACGCUAGCGGCGCUGUGCUACGCGGAAUUUGGCACAAGGAUACCGCGAGCCGGCAGCGCUUAUGCAUACACCUACGUCAGUAUUGGGGAGUUCUGGGCGUUCAUUAUCGGCUGGAAUAUUGUGUUGGAGUAUAUGAUAGGUGCAGCAUCAGUCGCCAGAGCGUGGUCGGGAUAUUUGGACGCCAUGUUGGAUGGUGCGAUCAGUAAUGCGACAGUAUCAAUUACAGGGGAACUACACGAAACCCUGCUUAGUAGAUAUCCUGAUGUGUUAGCGUUUCUCAUUUGCAUCGUCGCGUCUUUGAUACUCGCUGUCGGAGUAAAAACUUCGGCCUAUAUAAAUAACGGCCUUACGAUUCUCAAUCUUUUGGUAAUUUCGUUAGUAAUAUUUUUAGGCUUUUAUUAUGCCGAUAUUGGCAAUUGGUCUGCGAAGAAUGGCGGUUUUAUGCCGUAUGGAUUCAGUGGGGUGUUGGCUGGAGCUGCUACCUGUUUUUAUGCAUUCGUUGGGUUUGAUAGUAUUUCUGCAUCUAGUGAAGAGGCAAAAGAUCCAUCAAGAUCUAUUCCCAUUGCGACAAUUCUCUCUAUGGCUAUUGUUGCGUUUGGUUACAUACUCGUGGCAAUAGCUUUAACUCUCAUGGUACCUUACAAAACCAUAAAUCCUGAAGCUGCUUUACCGGCAGCUUUGGGAGCAGUACACGCUGAUUGGGCAAAAUAUGCUGUAGCUGUGGGAGCAGUUUGUGGAAUGACCACCACUUUGCUCGGAUCAUUGUUUUCUUUACCUCGAUGUUUGUAUGCUAUGUCUACCGACGGCCUACUCUUCGGGUUUUUAAGUGACGUUAACAACAAGUCCCAAAUUCCUAUUGCAAAUCUCAUAAUAUCUGGUUUUUCAUCGGCUUUAAUAGCCUUAUUGUUCGAUUUGGAGAAAUUAGUUGAAUUCAUGUCAAUUGGCACAUUACUCGCUUAUACAAUAGUGAGUGCUGCAGUUAUUAUACUUCGAUACAGGCCUGCUCCGACUGUGGAAGACAAAAGUUUUGGUGUACCACAACUAGAUUCACCGAUGGACCGAGAAGACAGUUCUGCAACCGGUACACCAGCUACAGAAGGAUCGUCUUCUUCAGAGAUGUUCGAAGCACUUACCGUGGGAAGGUUGCGCCCGCAGUACGCAUGGCUAGAGCCGCUAGCCGGAGGUAGAUCUCCUGGGUCGGCCGUAUCAGGCUGCGUUUACACAUUCACAGCUGCUGCUGCUGCGCUAUGCGCCCACAAUCACUUCCUCGCAGAACCAGCGGGUCUUUGGGCUUUGCUGCCGGAUUUCGUCCUCAAUUUGAUAAUCAUUGCUUGUCUGGUGAUAAUUCAUGCUCACCAACAAAGUCCUACACGACUGCCUUUCCGCGUGCCGUGGGUGCCGCUGCUGCCAGCUGUUAGUGUGCUGCUCAACGUCGAGCUCAUGGUCAACCUUAAUGCACUUACCUGGGCACGAUUCGCUAUAUGGAUGACUUUCGGUUUGCUUCUGUAUUUCCUUUACGGGAUCCACCACAGUAAGCUCGGGGAGGGUGUCACAGGGUUGUUAUCUCGGUCCGGUAGCGGCGGUGGUAAUAAUGGUGGUUGGGGGGCCGUGGAAAAGACCAGUGCAUUGGCCCGCCGGGUAGGCCGCUUAGGCCGCGGAAGCAAAAGCGACGACCGCAAGCCCAUUAUAUGCGACGACGAACACGACAGACGGGAACCGUAAAAUAUAAGAAGCCAAAGAAAAACGAUGGGUUCAAAAGGUAGCUACUCAUAAGUUUUUUUUUAUCAAAUAUGAAAUGGCCCUCACGUAAUUUUGGUGGCUUAGUAUCGAUAUUUGCGUCGUCAUUGCAAUCUAAACUACAUAUUAUAAUGUUUACUUCAAUGUUAUUAUACUUCCACACACGAUUUGUAUAAAAUACUCUCGUAUGAUUAUUGGCGCAAGUAUGUUAUAAUUUUACAUAACAUUUAGAUAUUUGUAUCCUCUAAAUGGAGCGAUUUAGAGGUAACAUAUAUGCGUUUAACCAGUUCAAGGGUGUUUUAUCAAAACUAUUGUCUUUGUUAUGCCAUUAUAUUGUUACGUGUCGGGAUGGGGUUCCAAAUUAAAUUAGGUCUCUAGUAUUUUCGCGGUUUUGUUUCGAGAGCGUUUGUGACUAUCAAUAUCAAGGUUUUGAAUACGUAAAUAAAAUUCAAAACCUUGAUAUUAAUCAGAUAUGAUAAACGGUAACAAUGAGUAUCAUACGACAUACGUAAAUCACGUGGUAACAGUUACUCCUAGGGUUUCCAACAUGUUGUCUAUCAAAUAUAGUAUUUUCGAAGCUGUUACCUCUAAAAAUAUAGUAGAUGGCAAAAAAAAAAGAUAUACUUAUGAGGUUUAAAUAUUGAAUUCAUUUUUAAAUGAAUAA